UUUUUUAAAUCCACCAACCCUCAUAGUGGCUACAAUAGAAAGGAGAGAGAGAGAUAGAGAGGGAGGGAGAAAAUGGCGAUGGCAAUGGCAGCACUGCGCAGGCUCUCCUCCGCCAAGACUUUACGCCCACCAUUCGUUGGAUAUUCCCUUUACAACCUGACAUCUCUGCCUAAUCAGGUGGAAUAUGAUAAGGAGAGAUCUAAUGUCCCAUGGCCAAAGCAGUUGAAUGCACCCCUUGAGGAAGUGGACCCAGAGAUUGCAAACAUAAUCGAGUUAGAGAAAGCGAGACAAUGGAAGGGUCUGGAACUUAUACCAUCCGAAAACUUCACUUCAGUAUCAGUCAUGCAGGCUGUUGGGUCUGUUAUGUGCAACAAAUACAGUGAAGGCUAUCCUGGUGCUAGAUAUUAUGGAGGAAACGAGUACAUCGACAUGGCAGAAUCACUAUGUCAAAAACGAGCCUUAGAAGCUUAUCGGCUUGAUCCAGAAAAGUGGGGAGUAAACGUGCAGCCUCUGUCAGGGUCUCCUGCAAAUUUUCAUGUUUACACUGCAUUACUGAAACCACACGAGCGAAUAAUGGCCCUUGAUCUUCCGCAUGGUGGACACCUGUCACAUGGUUAUCAGACUGACACGAAGAAGAUAUCGGCUGUAUCUAUAUUUUUUGAAACAAUGCCAUACAGACUGGACGAGUCUACUGGAUAUAUUGAUUAUGACCAGUUAGAGAAGAGUGCAACACUUUUUAGGCCCAAGCUUAUAGUUGCUGGUGCUAGUGCUUAUGCUCGUCUCUAUGAUUAUGCACGUAUUCGCAAGGUCUGUAAUAAGCAAAAGGCUGUUUUGUUGGCAGACAUGGCACACAUUAGUGGGUUGGUUGCUGCAGGGGUUAUUCCAUCUCCCUUUGAGUAUGCAGAUGUUGUAACCACAACCACACACAAGUCACUUCGUGGACCCCGUGGGGCCAUGAUCUUUUUCAGGAAGGGGGUCAAAGAGGUUAAUAAACAAGGGCAACAGGUCAUGUAUGACUAUGAAGAAAAAAUAAAUGCGGCUGUCUUUCCUGGUCUUCAAGGAGGUCCACAUAACCAUACAAUCACGGGUUUGGCAGUUGCACUUAAACAGGCUACCACUCCAGAAUACAAGGCUUAUCAAGAGCAAGUUCUCAGCAAUUGCUCAAAAUUUGCUCAGCGUUUGAUGGAAAAUGGCUAUGAGCUUGUUUCUGGUGGAACUGACAACCAUCUAGUUUUGGUGAACUUGAAGAACAAGGGUAUUGAUGGUUCAAGAGUGGAGAAGGUGCUCGAGUUGGUUCAUAUUGCAGCAAACAAGAACACCGUCCCUGGUGACGUCUCUGCCAUGGUCCCUGGUGGCAUUAGGAUGGGCACACCGGCGCUCACAUCCAGGGGGUUCAUUGAAGAGGAUUUUGUCAAAGUAGCUGACUUCUUUGAUGCCGCUGUUAAGUUAGCUGUAAAGGUCAAGAAUGAAACAAAAGGUGGGACAAAGUUGAAGGACUUUGUGGCCACACUUCAGACUCCUGAUAUCCAAUCAGAGAUAGCAAAGCUCCGCCAUGAGGUAGAGGAGUAUGCCAAGCAGUUCCCCACAAUUGGGUUUGAGAAAGCAACAAUGAAAUACAAGGAUUAAUGAUCAUGUCGGUGAAAAGAAGAGUUGGUGAUAACCUUUGAGAAGAAAGAAUUUGAGGGUGUUCCAUUGAGGCUAUGGUUGAUUGUUGGGCAUGUAGAACUUGUGUAUUAUUAUGUUCUCCAUUGCUGAAAAUGUAUAGUUGCAGUAUCAAGUUAUGUCAAUGGAAACCAAAUAUUAUUAGCGAAAUGCUUGAUUUAACUGAAAUGGAUAUAUUCAUAAUCCACAUUUGUAUCUUUCCUCUUAUUUUGAAUAAUCUACUGUAUAAAUCAUGCUUCA